GGACAGAGUGAAGAGGUUAAUACCCAACAUGAGGUGAGGCGGCUGGAGACAGCUUCCAGGACCAAGAGCCUCCAGGAGACUCCAAUCAGGUGCCAGGACAUCUUUAAAGCCUUACCUGAGCAACAUGGAUCCAUCAGAGUGGUUCUGACCAAUGGCGUCGCUGGCGUUGGAAAAACCUUCUCGGUGCUGAAGUUCACUCUGGACUGGGCCGAGGGCUUGGAGAACCAAGAUGUGAGCGUGGUGGUUGUGCUUUCGUUCAGGGAGCUGAACUUGAUCAGAGAUGAGCAGUACAGUCUUCUCACACUGCUCCACAUUUUCCAUCCAACAUUACAGAAGCUCCCAGCAGAGAAGCUGGCUGUCUGGAAACUUCUCUUCAUCUUUGACGGCCUGGAUGAAAGCAGACUCCACCUGGAUUUCACCAACAGUCAGCUGCUUUCUGACGUCACACAGAAGUCCUCGCUCAAUGUGCUGCUGACAAACCUCAUCAAGGGGAACCUGCUGCCCUCGGCUCUGGUCUGGAUCACUUCCAGACCUGCAGCAGCCAAUCAGAUCCCUCCUUCAUGUGUGGACAGGCUUACAGAAGUACGAGGCUUCACGGACGCCCAGAAGGAGGAGUACUUCAGGAGGAGGUUCAGUGAUGAAGAGCUGUCCAGCAGAAUCAUCUCCCACAUCAAGACCUCCAGGAGCCUCCACAUCAUGUGUGGAAUCCCAGUCUUCUGCUGGAUCACUGCUAUUGUUCUAGACCACAUGUUGACUACAGAGCAGAGAGGAGAGCUGCCCAAGACCAUGACUGACAUGUACUCACACUUCCUGCUGGUUCAGACAACCAGGAAGAAGAACAAGUACCAUGAAGGACCUGAGACCAGUCCACAGGAGCUGACAGAGGCUGACAGGGAAGUUCUUCUGAAGCUGGGGAGGCUGGCGUUUGAACAUCUGGAGGAAGGAAACAUCAUGUUCUACCAAGAAGACCUGGAGCAGUGUGGUCUGGAUGUCACAGAGGCCUCGGUGUACUCAGGAGUUUGUACAGAGAUCUUCAGAAGAGAGUGUGUGAUCUUCCAGAAACCAGUGUACUGCUUUGUUCAUCUGAGCAUUCAGGAGUUUCUGGCU